GAUAGACGAGACGAUAUAGAGAGGAGUAGUCUGUUCAUCUUCCUUGCAAUCUAAUAUCAUCAUGUAUGAAAAUACCAACAUGAUGCAGCCUUAUCGAUAUUCAGAACAAUUCUCAAUUGCCAAUAAUUAAUUAUCGCGAGUGCAAUUAUUAAUUUAAAUUGUUAGUGAAUUGUCGCGCCGGACAGAAUGCGAUUUCUCACUUCAAACACUUCCUCUCUUUUCAAAAUUCAAUAAAACUGUAAUUCUAUCCUUUAUUUACGAUGGCGUAUUCAGUUGCUACAAUUAUACAGCUAACCAUUAGUGGAACCAGUAUCUUUUUUAUGCACAUAAAGUUGUUAUGAAAUAUUUAUUAUGUUGAUAGAUGCCUCCGAGCUGUUACUUCUCCGUUCCAAAAAUAAGAGAAUAAUUUACAUACCUGCCAGAUGAUUGCUUAAUUUACGGACUUUGUUUAUUAUAUUUCCUACUUAACCUCUUAAAAUGAUCGAGUUCAUAUUGGACGAAUCAAAAAAAUAAAAUAUGCCUUAUUUUGGAGACCUCUGCUAAUAAAACACCCUAUAUAUUCAGUCUACUUAAGUGUUAAUCAACUGGAAUAUGUUUUCCAAAUUGGUGCUAUUAAUGCUAUACUGGUUCUCCUCAGCUAAUAUCAUAGCAGCUACAAGAUGCUACAAUUGUGGAACAGACAAUACAGAUUCAUGCGACAACUUCGAUCCAAGUAAUUCCUCGUUCAUAGUGAACUGUCCCCAUAAAUUUUCCUGCGGACUGGAGACCCAUGUGGACAAAAAAAUCAGAACAUGUGAAGGGGUUUUCUUAGACGACUGCCAAAAAGCUAACAAUAUUGAAUAUUGUUAUUGUACGGGGGACCUGUGCAAUGGAAAUACAAUUCAACUCACCCCUUCAGAUGACGAGGACUAUAUCGAAGGCAGUGGUGUCCGAACAACUACUACUAUAAGUUCAACAACAACUACCAUAAGUUCAACAACUACAUUCAAACCUCAGGUAAAUGUCACAAAAUUAGCGAACGGUCAACAAGAAACAGCAGUGGCCAACAUACUUUUACUCCAUCUAACAUAUAUUUGUUCUUCAGUUUUCUGGAAAAUGCAAUAUAAUUGAAAAUCGGUCAAGUCCGAUUCUGAGCCAUGUAGAUGCUUCCAUUUUAUAUAAUUGCCUUCAACUUGAAUAUCUAUAAAAAGUUGCUAAGUAAUUCAGGGAAUUCCAAAUGCUAAAUAUCGUAAAUGAACUCCACAAUUACGAUCUGAAUAAUAAUAUAAGCUUCAUAAAAUGGAUACUUAUAUAUUUUGUAGUAUUAUCUAUUUGAAUCAGGGGUUGGAAUUCAAUACCCUCAUAUUCAUUUAAGAAAUAUAUUUCCUCAUUAUCAAAAUUCUUCAGUGGAAUGCCCGUUAGCAACUAAUUUAUUCAUUCCAAAAUUGAAACAUUCUGCUUGAUACAUUAUUGUUUUCUGUUAGCCUUAAGUUUCGUUCUUUAGAGUGCCACUCUAUUAUGUCAGUAUUAUCAAGUCUUCCAAACUAAUGAAGAUUAAAUUUAUGGAUUAAGUUACCACAACAUUCAAGGUUAUAGGAAUAAUUAGCCGAGUAUUAGUUUUAGUUGUUUUUUUCAGGAUAUUUUGUACAAUAUUAGCCAUACCUUGAAUUUUAUGAUAAAAUUGCCGACUAUUCUGCCUAAAAUUUUUCCAGAGGUGUUAAAAGAUUAUCUUUCAGUAUAUAUUAAAAUAUAAUCACUUACUCAGGUGAAAAACAUGCAAUUAUUUUUCUACCAAAAUAUUGUUCACUUGUACCAACAUGCCAAGGGUUAAUACUGUCCAUACCAAAGAUCCAAUUGCCUCCGAAUCACAAUACUCUCUUUGUUAAUAUAGUACCAUGAACCAUUUUACCUUACAGUAUUUGUAUUGAAUCUUUGGCAUCUAGAAAGAGAGAUGUGGGUGUUAUUGUUUUUGAUUAUACAGAACAUUUAAUAGGGUUAAUGUGAAUGCUUACGUAAUGUGGCUCAAAUUCUGUCAAUUUAAAAUUUCGAUGCCUUAUAUAGCCAGUAUUAUUCAAGUUUCAAAAUGUAUCCCCAGGAGAUUUAUAUUUUUGAUUAGUUUACAAGAUAAAAAAGCCAGUAUUGCAGUAUUUAUACUAUACAAUUUUUUAUGUGUGAGGAUAUAUGUUGAUAUAUGACAAAAAGCUUGAAAUAAAAUUUAUAAAGUGUAUAUAUAUGGGAGAAAGCUUAAAAAAAAUGUGUAACAUUGGUUCAACUGAAUUUUUAAUGAAAAUUCAGGUAUAUGAACUGGUGAUAACAAUUUAUUGAAUUAUUCUAGUCCGAAAAAUGUCAAUGUCUAGCUCAUUUUUAUACUCGAAUUUGUAAAAUAAAAUUCCAAAAGUACAAA